AGGGAGCGUAAAUCUGACAUUUCGUUAUCAUUCUUCGGAUUGUCUUCGAUGCCACGAAGCACAAUAUUUAGCUCGUGGUGGCAUCGCGUGUGGCUGCUGGUAUUGGUUAUAUUCGACGUGUCGCGUGUUGUCCAUCGACGGGAGUGUUAGGAGAGUGCGAUAUAAACAGUGGGUUUCUUGUAAGCGUUUCAAGUGCAUCGGUCGGUCGUUGUGUCGCGUGCUUUCGAGAAUCCACUCAGAGAGUCGACAACAACGACAAACAGUUGAAAAGUUUUUUCCACUCUCUCGAGGCCUGAUAAAAGAAGAAUCACAAGAGUGAGAGAGGGACAGAGAAAACGGACUAUUUAACACGGCUCCUAAUAAUAGCCGGUGCGCGUUCGUACGCGAGUAUACUAAGCGCCUAUAAAUACACACCUACCACAGGCCGCGGAAACACGAGCCCGUGGAUUUCACGGUGCAACCUGCCACGAGGAGAUAGAAAAGACGCGAGCCGAAGGGAAAAGAGGGAGAAUAAUCUUGAAGGAGGGCGCACCUGGCGCUCUAAGAGAAACUUGCCAUAAUCGGAUCUAGUCGGAGGCAGUAACGCAAGAUAAUCGCGCGGCACACACGCGGGACGUGGAAGUGAGACAGAGAGAGAAAGAGAAAGACAGCAUAGCAAUCGGUCCACCGGCUGCUGGUGUGUAGUGUACCCAACCUCUGAAAGCAGAUUAGAGAAUAACCGCAGCUGGAGUGAGAUUUUAUUAUUUCACGGGGUAUAUCCUUUCUUUUGCUCUCGUAACACGAGAAACAUCCCGUUGGAGUUCGUCGACGGCCGAGCUUGCAGCAACUCUCUACCAGCGGCUCGCCUAAAAAUAUCUCCUUCCUGCAUAUUCUGACGCGUUUAUACCGUCACGAGAGCGGCGCGUUCUUCCUUUGUGUCGCCGUGUACUUUUUAACCCUCUGCUUUCUCCUCGUUCGAAAGCGUACGACCACUUUACCGCACCGGCUAUUAUACACAGCCUGUGUCUACGAUCCAAGAGAAAAUCCCGAUAAUAAAGCACAGUUACCAACUGAUUCACGCUUUAAGAACGCUCUAAGAACGUGUCAUCGUUCGUUGAACUUCGACUCGACUCGACUCGGUAGGAAGACGUACCAGAAAAAGAUGCCACGUAGAAAAUCGUACGUGAAACAGCACCGUGGAUGACCAUCGAAAGGUAUGAAGAUCAUCGACGAGUCCAUCACCGCCGGUGGCACUAACGCAGCUGAAAAUCCGCCGUCGGAUAGAUUCUCGAUACGUGGACCAAGUCUCGUCCGUCGGCUGAGCGAUCAUCGGUACGCGGAUUCCUCGCCGCGAAUCAAACAACAAUAUAAUAAUUCGAUUGCGUGGUAGAGAAGAAAAAAAGGUAAAAUAAUAGUGAGUGAAACGAAGUGCACGGAAGAAAAGUGGUCCACGGUGGAGGGUGGAGGGAACGGUGUACAAGGGGUCGCCGUGGGCCCCGGAGAUGAUGCAAUGAUGGCCUACGGAGGAACCACCGGAAACGGAGGUGCGAUGGGACCUUCUUCUGGUGGUACGGACGUUUUGGGCUCGACAGGUGAUUACAGCCCGCAGGGAACGCCGACGCCUCUCGCGGGACAUGCCGCCGGGCCCGUCGAGGCGAGCACCUACGGUCCUGGAACGGGACCGGCCAGCUAUAGUCCUCAAGACAGUCCAGCGAGUUCCGCCGGCGGCGGUAGCGGUGGUAAUGGACAGCUACCAAGCUUUGGAUUUACUCAGGAACAAGUCGCUUGUGUUUGUGAGGUUCUCCAGCAGGCAGGCUCCGUGGAGAGGCUCGGCAGGUUCCUGUGGUCCCUGCCGGCGUGCACCAGGCUGCACCGACAUGAGAGCGUGCUGAAAGCCAAGGCGAUCGUCGCCUUCCAUCGGGGCCACUUCAAGGAACUGUACAGGAUCCUUGAGAGCCAUACAUUCAAUCUGCACAAUCAUCCGAAACUGCAAGCCCUUUGGCUCAGGGCUCAUUACAUAGAGGCCGAGAGACUGAGGGGAAGGCCUCUCGGUGCAGUCGGAAAGUAUCGCGUUAGACGCAAGUUCCCUCUGCCCCGUACUAUUUGGGACGGCGAAGAAACGUCUUACUGCUUCAAGGAGAAAUCCAGGAGCGUCCUGAGGGAUUGGUACGCGACUAAUCCUUAUCCGUCACCCCGCGAGAAGCGAGAAUUGGCAGAGAGCACGGGCCUCACCACUACGCAAGUCAGUAACUGGUUCAAGAACCGGAGACAAAGGGACCGCGCGGCUGAACACAGCGGUCAAAGGGAGGACAAGACUCACGGCGGAGGAUUAGGGGAUUCCAGCAGCGAGGACGGCGACGAGACGAAGAGGCAAGCAGCGAGUCAGCAACAGCAGCAGCAACAACCUUCCGCGUGUGCUGUCCAACAGCAGCAACAACAGCAACAGAUGGUGGAACACCAGCAGACGUCCGGCAUGUAUCAACUUCCGCCUCCUGUUUCGGUCUCGAGUCCGCACUCGUAUCACCAAGGCCAUAGCUCGACCUUGAGCCAUCCUCACACGCCGACGCACCAUAUGCAGCACCACGACACCGGAAGCGAGAGCGGCGACGACAAACGGAACCUCCAUCAUCAGCUGCAGCAUCAUCUCCAGGUCGGUGCUCAUGGUACUCACGGCUUGGUACAUCCCACGGCGACCUUGCCACCGCCACCACCCAGCUGCGCCCAGCAGAAGAGUCAGUUGGACUAUAUGCAGUACUAUAGUCCACAGGAUUAUCUGAUCACGCCAACAUCGGCGGAUCUACAGAAGUCGCUUCCGCACACGGCGACGUCGAUGCAGAUGGGUGCUAUCGCUCCUUCCAUGGGUGGGCUGAGCCCAAUGGGCCCGUCGACGAUGCUACCGAACACUAUGCAGGGCGUGAACACUAUGAACACCAUGUCGAUGAACGGCAUGGGCAUGGGGGCGUAUCAGGGUAUGGGUUCCAUGGGCAUGGCUACGCCACACGGUAAUUAUCACAGCGGUUUGGUAUUGGGUGAUUAUCACUCGUUGUGACCCUGGGCCCCGAGCAGUCAGGGCAAGAGGAACCAAGAGAAAACAUAAGGGAACCCCCGGAGAAAAGCCGGGAAAGGAAGAAAGAACGAUAAGAAAAAGAAA